CUUGCUUUCAAAUUAUCAUAAUCUCUUUUCUUUAGAAUCAUAAAGGCUAUGGUGACGAUGCUGAUCAAACAAAGUAAUUAUCAUCUUAUCUUGAUAUCCUUUACACUUCUCCUCUUGCCCCUAGCUUGUUUCUCCCGGUCUCAUGUCCGGCGAGUGCUCCUCAGCCACGAAGCUGAUAGCUACGCCGUUAUAUUUGACGCCGGAAGCACCGGCAGCAGGGUCCAUGUUUUCCGUUUUAACCAAAACUUGGAUCUCCUCCCUAUUGGCGAUGACGUUGAGUUUUUUGUCAAGAUAUCCCCAGGGUUGAGUUCAUAUGCAGAUGAUCCAGAAGCCGCUGCCAAGUCCCUAGAGCCACUCCUACAAGAAGCAGAAGGUGUUGUACCAAUUGAGUUGCAACCUGACACACCACUUGAAUUAGGGGCAACUGCAGGGCUUAGAAUGUUAAGUGGAAACGCAGCUGAUGAAAUUCUGCAAGCAGUGAGAGAUAUGUUGAAGAAUGAAAGCAGUUUCAAGUACAAGGCUGAAUGGGUUUCCAUUCUUAAUGGAACACAAGAAGGCUCUUACUUUUGGGUUGCCAUGAAUUAUUUGUUGGAGAAUUUGGGGAAAGAGUACCAAAAAACCAUCGCAACAAUUGACCUUGGUGGUGGAUCAGUCCAAAUGUCAUAUGCCAUCUCAAGGGACACUUUUGUUGAUGCACCCAUACCCGAAAAUGGAGAAGAGCCUUAUGUGCUGGAAAAAUAUCUCUUGGGGGCAGAUUACUACCUCUAUGUACACAGUUAUUUGAACUACGGCCUGUUAGCAGGUCGAGUUGAGAUUUUAAAAACGUCAGCAAACUCUACCAAUGCUUGUAUUUUAGAAGGUUAUGACGGUUACUACACAUACAAUGGUGUUUCAUACAAAGCAAAAGCUCCACCAAGUGGUACUAGCUUGAAGAAUUGCAGGAAAUUAGCCAGAAAAGUGGUUGAUUUCAGGGCACCCUGUAAGUAUCAGAAUUGCACAUUCAAUGGGGUGUGGAGUGGUGGAGGAGGGGCUGGAAUGGAGAAUGUCUACAUUUCGUCAUAUUUCUAUGAUAUAGCAUCUCAGGUUGGUAUUGUUUACCGACCAACUACGCCCUCUAGAAUAAUUAAGCCAAGAGCAUACCUAGAAGCAGCAAAGGUAGUUUGUGCAACCAAGUAUGAUGAUAUGAAGUCUAGUUUUCCUAAUGCACAAGAGGACUUUUAUCCAUACUUGUGCUUGGAUUUGGUAUACCAAUACACAUUGCUCGUGGAUGGAUUUGGUCUACAUCCUAGAAAGGAGAUUACGGUGAUAACUGAAGUUGAGUACAAAAACUACAAGGUUGGAGCAGCUUGGCCCCUUGGUUGCGCCAUUGACGUCAUCUCAUCGUCAGCUAAUAAAUUGUCAUCCAAAUAUUAAGUUACUGUUCUUGAUUUAAUAAUGCUUUAAUUUUGGUUUUAUGCCAAAGUGGCCUGCUAGCUCAUAUAACAAUCAUGUUUAUUACCGUUGCCAAUAAAUGUUUAUCGAUCACGUCAGGCCACCUUAUUGGGUGCACAUAU